ACGCCCCAACGCGCACAGCCUCUUUAUAACGGUCCGGAAUAAUGCACCAACAGCUAACAGAGUGCGAAGACACUGAUUGAGGCUGUAGCACAUCCUUUAUAUCUGAAAUAAGGACUCUGUGAGAGAUUUAAGAUAUGGAGAUGUAUCAAGCUGGAUUUUUCACAGAAGACUUCACAACUCAAGAGGUUCCUGGUGGUUUUGACUUCAGUUCAUAUGACUACAGUGGUGAAGACCUGUCCUUUUUAUUAGACAGCAAAGGACCUGUCCAACAGCAGUAUCCAGAAACGUAUUCGAGUCUGAAGGAGAAUUUGCACGGUUCUAAAGUCAGCUCCAAUGAAUCCGGACUGUUUAAUCUGGACUCCAUCCCUAAGUUUAGUCAGUGGGCAUCGUAUACUAUUCCAGAGGGAAUGGUAGCGGAUCAGGAAUCUGCUCAAACCUACCAGAACCUUGUCCCGCUUUGUUCCUCUGCACAAAGUAGUACAUUCAGCCCAGGAUUGGACACCAGCAGCAAUUACCAACAUGGGAAAGGUCCAAGUCAUAGAGGAGCAUCUGGUGCUACUGAGAGAACAUAUUCAUUGUAUGAGGCAGAGCAACAGAACAGGCCCUCAUAUUGGUCCAACUACCCAUCACCCACUUACUGCACUUCCAUGCUUGGGCCACCCCCAUCAUCUUCCUCCCCUCCAAUUACUCAACCCUCUUUGUCAUUCUGCCUCCGCGUGGCCAAAAGGCGCAGUGCAUCAUCUCAAAGAUCAGACAGGGAGGGUGAAAUGGCACCCAUGUCUGCUUAUCCAGGAUCUGGGCCCAUCCAGCUAUGGCAGUUUCUGCUGGAACUUCUCCUGGACUCUGCUUGCCACACCUUCAUCAGCUGGACUGGGGAUGGCUGGGAAUUUAAGAUGUCAGACCCUGCAGAGGUGGCGAAGCGGUGGGGUCAGUGUAAGAACAAGCCCAAAAUGAACUAUGAGAAGCUAAGUCGUGGUCUGCGUUACUACUACCACAAAAACAUAAUUCACAAAACAGCAGGGAAACGUUAUGUCUACCGCUUUGUCUGUGACGUGCAAGGUAUGCUCGGGAAAACGGCACACGAGGUCUUAACGAGUCUAAACAUCCCACCAUCAAAUGCUGGAUCUCCACAGUCUGCAGCAAGCAUGACAAGAUCAGAGGAAACCACAGAGUCCUGGACACAUUAGAGGAGAACAUUUUCAGACACAUGUAUUGAUCAAAAUGAACUGUCAGAGGUCAUGUCACAUCGAACGACAAAUUUAUUUGACUGUUGUAUUCUAAGGGAUCAUUCAAGCCAAAUGCAUUUUCUGCAUCUGUGCUGUUUAAGAUUUUUUUAUAUAUAUAUGUAAAUGUGCAGUUUCUUCUGCCAGAGACAGAUCUAAAUUCUGCUCUUAAGUAUGUAUACCCCCGGUUUAUAUUAAUUCUUGCAUGAGACUUGCAUGCAAUAUCGUGCCUAGGCCCCAAGGUGUCCUCACACAUCCAAUGCAGUUAGAGGCCUCUACAAAGCAUUGUUAGCUACCUCUUUAAAUGUUGGAACACUUAUAUUGUAAAUGUUUUUUUUGUUUGUUUGUUUUUUAGAUAAACUGAUGUUCUGACAUCAGAUUGUGAAUUAUUGUAAAUAAAUGUAAUUUUUUUUUAAAUAAAUAUCUC